AUGUACCUUAGACCACUUAGUCUGCUCUGCUCGCUACGGGAACCUGCCAGACUUGCUUUCCGCAACUACAGCAUCGCGCCCACUUACAAGAUGGUCAGGAGCAUUACCGUGGAUGGCUAUGAAGCUCUUAACAAUGUGUUAAAGGAACAGACAGGAAAAGUGUAUGUGUUAUUUAGCGGCACUCCCGAUGCCGAUGGAGUCAGCUGGUGUCCUGACUGUGUUAAAGCUGAUCCUGUGAUUGAAAGAAAUCUGGAGAAGGCUCCGAGUGAUGCUGUUUUCAUUCAUUGCCAUGUUGGAGACAGAGCAUACUGGAAAAAUCAAAAUAAUGAAUUUAGGAAAGACCCCAAGUUUGCUAUCAAAUGUAUCCCGACACUGCUCAAGUUAGGUUCUCGCCACAAACUGGAAGAGGAGCAGUGUCUAAAUGAUGAUCUCAUCCAAAUGUUGUUUGAGGACGAGUAG